CGGAGAAAUAUCCUUCCGCCCCGGAUCAUGGGGACGAUCUGGAAGCUCGACGACGGGACAUGCGACCUCGUCUGGGCGACGCAGCGGAUCCCCGAUGUCCAUGCAGCUCUGCAUGAAGUUAUCGUCAACGCCAUCGACGCCCAUGCGACCUCCGUCGUCGUCGGCCUCGGCGACGAAGGUCUCUCGUUCACGGUACAGGACAAUGGUCAUGGCAUCCAGUCGCAAGACCUGUGUCGUCUCGUUGGCCACGCCGCAGCUACCUCCAAGAGAGAUCGAGAUAUUGCUGCGCCAGGGAUCUCCACGUAUGGAGCUCGUGGAGAUGCGCUGCUCUGCCUUGCGACCAUGGCGUCCGUGACGAUCGAGAGCCGCCACGAAGCCAGCUGGAAUACGUACCGUAAAACCAUCGAGCGGGGACAUGUGACGUUCAACGGUCGUAUUCGCUCCAAGCAGUGCAUUCCCGGGACGCUCGUGCGAGUCCAUGACCUCUAUGGGAACGUGCCUGUCCGACAGACUGCUUGGCGCGCCGCCGCAUCGUCCCAUCGGGCCAAACUCAUCUCGUUCCUCACGACGCUUCUCUCGCGGCUGGCGAUCGUUCACACGAUGACAUCUUUUGAGCUCAUCGACCUUCAAUGCCAUGCCCGCGUCGUCGCGCUGCCUCGUGUGACGUGCCCUUUGGAGGCCUUUGCCCUCCUUGGUGGCAGUGUGCCCAUUACAAUACCGCAGGCCUUUUCCUGCCACGAGGAGCGGUUCGGAAUGUCGGGCCAUAUCGCGUUUGGCGACUUUAGCGUGGCGUCCGCGACGAUGGGUGCUCGAUUAGCACAGCUCAAGCGCGUCACGCAAGGUUACGUGUGCGUGAGCUUCCGAGGGCGGUGGAUCCAAGCGUUUGAGAGAGAGUGCCAAGAUUGCAUUUACGCCCACCUCGCUUCAAGAGUCGUGUCGUCAUCGCCAUCCCACGAAUGGCCCGUCAUUGUCCUCGAUGUGACUUGUUCGAGCGAUGAGGUCGCUCUUGUCGACGCUACCCCGGCGCCGCGAGUCGAGUUUCGCAGCGUCAAUGCCUUUUCAAGCGCCUUUGCCGCCUUUUUGCAGGCGGUGCUGCCGCAUCGCGCCGAGACGGUCCUUGUGGGUGCACCAAUGCCCGUGGCCAAGCGACGUCGAGGCCUGCCAGAUGAGUUUACCGAUGCGAUUUGGGCGCGAAGCGUGGACCUUCUUCCUUCCACGCGCACCAAGCGCGCUGCAGCGAUGUCACCAAUGCGUCAUCAUCCACCCGCAGUACGCCGGCGUCGAUGCACCAAGUACUUUGGCACCGCGACGGCAACCAGCCGUGACGAACCGAGGCGUCGACGGCGGCGCCUUCCUGCACACGUGGCAACACACCUGAGCGUCUUUGUGCAGAACCCGCGCGCAUCUCGUACGCUCUCGGUGCAGUUUACCAAGGCCUCGCUACGCGACAUCACGGUGCUUGGUCAAGUUGACCGCAAGUUUAUUCUCUUUGCGACGCGGACGUCGCCGGUGCUGCUGUGUGCGAUUGACCAGCACGCCGCCGACGAGCGCAUCCAGCUCGAAGCGUUGGAAGCGACGUAUCUCGAUGAGAUGCGGCCCUUUCCUCGCACCGAACUCGACGAGCUGGUGCAGCUCCAAUUGAAUUUCACCGAGCAAGUCCUCGUCCAGCACCACGCGGCUACGCUGCAGCACUGGGGCUUCACGAUCAACGCACGCCAGGAGCUCACGACGGUGCCUUUCGUGGUGCACCGUCAAGCCAACGAAGACGACUGCACCGAGUACCUUGUGCUCCUCGCGGACGCCGAUCGGCAGCGGACACUGGCGCCCCGCCCGCCGGUGAUUCUGCGCCUUUUGCACUCGCGGGCGUGCCGCAGUGCCAUCAUGUUUGGCGACGCGCUCUCGCAGCGGGCGUGCGAGCUGCUGCUGGAACAGCUGAGCCAAUGUCGGCUGCCGUUCCAGUGCGCCCACGGCCGGCCGUCGCUGGCCCCGCUCGUGCAGCUGCAAGACGGAGACGCGUCGUAGGUAUAAAUUCAGCAUUCAAAACUCAUAGCAUCGUGUGGA